AUGACACGAGUGCCUUUUGGAGCCAAGUCCAGUCCCUUUCUUCUCGCUGCCACUAUACGUCACCACCUGAGAGCAGCAGAAGAGACAUACCCACGCACGGCGUCCUUACUUUCCAGCCAUUUCUAUGUGGACGACCUCGUUGUUGGUAUGCCAUCGCCGGAAGAGGCACUUACUGUUUACCACGAGUCGCGGCAAAUCUUCCGCGACGCGGGCAUGAAACUGGUUAAGUGGACGAGCAAUGAUGCUCAUCUCCGGGCUACCUUUGACGCCGAUGGGACAGGAAGUUCGACCACGUCGCCACUAAGGAAGGUCCUAGGAAUCGUUUGGGAUAUCGAGACAGAUGAAAUUCGGUAUCCGUUGAAGUCAAUAUCGGAGUUCCUGGAGCAACGGUCGAAUACCAAACGGUAUGUACUGCAAGCAGUGGCUCGCAUUUAUGAUCCCUUGGGCUAUGUGGCGCCUUUCGUGUUGACAGCCAAGAUUUUGCUACAACGGAUUUGGCUCUCCAAGAUGAGUUGGGACGAAGAACUACCAGAAGACCUGAUGGGAGUGUGGUCGUCUUGGUGCCAGCAGGUGCCUUUAUUGUCUCACGUCUCGUUACCACGGCGGCUCGGCGGGAAGAUGUCGGAGGGCAGCAUCGCGCUGCAUAUGUUUUGCGACGCGAGUCCGCGAGCAUACGGUGCGGCCGCAUACCUGGUGACGCUCGACAGGGACGGUCAUUACAGUGCGGAUCUUCUUUUGGCAAAGUCUCGGGUGGCCCCGGUCAAAACGGUCUCCUUACCAAGACUCGAGUUAAUGGGUGCCGUCAUCGCGACCAGGCUUAUGAGAUUCUUACAGACGACGUUAUCUCUGUCCACCGUACCCACGGUGUUAUGGACGGACUCUGAGAUAGCACUCUACUGGAUUUACGGAUCGACGAACGACUGGAAACCUUUUGUACAGAACCGGGUGUCGGAGAUACGGGCUGGUACGGAGCCUAGUCAGUGGCGUCACUUCCCCGGCAAAGAAAAUCUCGCGGAUCUUCUCACGAGAGGCACUUCAUGCCUCCAAUUGCUGAACAACAGUGUAUGGUGGCAGGGGCCCUCGUGGCUUAUGGAUCAAAAGUCUUGGCCUCCAGCAUGGCGUACUCCGGAUGAACCCUGCGUCGAGGUACGAAACGAAACAAAGGCCCAGACGGCGUGCUGCGUACCCAUCUUGGCUACUACUACCCUAAUGGAUGUUGCCAAAUACAGUUCACUCCACCGUCUGCUGAGAGUUACCGCUUGGGUGUCAAGAUUCCUGCACAACUGUAGGCAUACCACAGCCGAAAGCAGGGGACCAUUGGCGGCCGCCGAGGUAGUUGCAGCGGAAACAUACUGGGUCACAGCGGCACAGCGUCAAAAUUUCGGUUCUCAUCCCGCGGUGCACAAGUCCUUACAAAAUGUGUCUGUCUUCCAUGAUGACGAUGGUGUUCUCCGUUUGACGGGCCGCCUUCAAUACAGCGAUUUUGAAGAAACCCAGAGGCAUCCCAUCGUCAUUCCCGCUGACCACCCGUUCACCGCUCUUUUAGUUUUCCGGGCUCAUGUCAGGCUUCUGCAUGCUGGAGUUCAGGAGACACUCGCCGCGCUUCGGGAAGAGUACUGGGUUCUCCGUGGUCGUCAGGCUGUGAAGAGGAUCCUAAAUGGAUGUCGCACUUGCCGACGAGUAAAGGUUCAGGCGUGCACAGAAGUUACCGCUCCGCUACCACGAGACCGCUUGUCACAGUCCGCACCAUUUGAAGUGACAGGCACCGAUUUUGCGGGUCCACUGUACUACAAGUGUUCAAAAGGCGGCGGAAGAAAGUGCUACAUCCUGAUUUUUACCUGUGCCGUCACUAGGGCUGUUCACCUAGAGCUGACGAAGUCUAUGACUACCGAGGAUUUCCUAAUGGCUCUUAGAAGGUUCGUAUCAAGACGGGGCGUACCCGCCACUAUAUAUUCAGACAAUUUUCGGACAUUCAAGCGAGCCAGUCGCGAACUCACCCCUGCCUGGUUGUCACAAAGCGCUCAGGUAAACGUAUUCCUGACUGCACGACGGAUCACCUGGAAAUUCAUAGUGGAGCGAGGAGCAUGGUGGGGUGGGUUUUGGGAACGCCUGAUUCGCAGUACCAAAACCUGCCUGCGUACAGUCCUGGGUCGAAGCGCCCUCCGCUACGAAGAACUCUCUACCGUUCUCACAGAGGUGGAGGCGGUGAUGAACUCUCGGCCUCUGACGUAUCUGUCCGAAGAUCCAGACGACCUUUCUGCCGUCACGCCGUCACACUUUCUGAUUGGGCAAAGGCUCACCGCGCUUCCGUGUCGCGAACCCGAAGCAGGAACAACAUCUACAGCGCAACAGUUGAGACGCCGGUGGAUGUAUAGGGAAGAAUUGACUCAUCAAUGCUGGAAGAAGUGGGUUAAAACGUACAUCCUCCUCCUGAGAUCGGCCAACGUCUGCAAGCCCGUACCAUCACACAGCGUCGCCGUCGGGGACCUAGUACUCAUUGCUGCAGAGGCAAGGCCGCGAACAUCGUGGCCUCUAGGACGUGUGAGUCACGUAACACAGAGCCCAGAUGGAAGGGUUAGAUCCUGUAGAAUCAACUUGCCAGGAGGGAAAACCGUAAGCCGGCCAGUACAACUUCUCUACAAAUUGGAAGCUGAUUGA